GCAAAGCUGGUAUGCCCUUUCUCUGGGAUAUGCCUUCACUCAGGGAUCCUGGAGAGAUGCUGCUCACUAGAUGGCCUGGAAACACAGCUGGAAAAACGAAAAAGGAUUUCCAGGAAGGAGGACCAGGGCGUGGGGAAGUUGAGACAAGGGAAUGCAUCUACUACAAUGCCAACUGGGAACUGGAGAAGACAAACCAGAGUGGUCUGGAACGUUGUGAGGGAGAGAAGGACAAGCGCCUUCAUUGCUAUGCUUCUUGGAGGAAUAGCUCUGGUUCCAUUGAACUUGUGAAGAAGGGCUGCUGGCUGGAUGACUUCAAUUGCUAUGAUAGGCAGGAAUGCGUAGCCACUGAAGAAAACCCCCAGGUCUACUUCUGUUGCUGUGAAGGAAACUUCUGCAAUGAAAAGUUCACACACUUACCUGAGGUCACUGGCCCUGAAGUUACCUAUGAGCCACCUUCGACUGUCCCUCUGCUCACAGUGCUUGCAUAUGCCUUGCUGCCUAUUGGGGGCCUCUCUCUGGCCAUUGUCAUUGCAUUCUGGAUGUACAGGCACCGAAAGCCUCCCUACGGUCAUGUGGACGUCAAUGAGGACCCGGGUCCUCCACCCCCUUCUCCACUUGUUGGCCUGAAGCCAUUGCAACUGCUGGAGAUCAAGGCCCGGGGACGUUUUGGCUGUGUCUGGAAGGCUCAGCUUAUGAAUGACUAUGUAGCAGUGAAGAUUUUUCCAUUACAGGACAAACAGUCCUGGCAGAGUGAACGGGACAUCUUCAGCACACCAGGCAUGAAGCAUGAAAAUCUGCUCCAGUUCAUUGCAGCCGAGAAAAGAGGUUCCAACCUGGAGGUGGAGCUGUGGCUCAUUACAGCCUUCCAUGACAAGGGUUCUCUCACAGAUUACUUAAAAGGGAACAUUGUUACUUGGAACGAGCUGUGCCAUGUAGCUGAGACCAUGUCCCGAGGUCUGUCCUAUCUGCACGAGGAUGUGCCCUGGUGCCGGGGAGAGGGGCACAAGCCAGCCAUUGCCCACAGGGACUUCAAGAGCAAGAAUGUCUUACUGAAGAGUGACCUCACAGCUGUCCUGGCUGACUUUGGACUGGCUGUGCGGUUUGAACCAGGAAAGCCACCAGGGGACACACAUGGGCAGGUUGGAACGAGGCGGUACAUGGCCCCUGAGGUGCUGGAGGGAGCAAUCAACUUCCAGAGAGAUGCUUUCCUGAGAAUUGAUAUGUAUGCAAUGGGGCUGGUUCUGUGGGAGCUGGUGUCUAGAUGCACAGCUGUGGAUGGGCCAGUGGAUGAGUACAUGUUACCUUUUGAGGAGGAGAUUGGUCAGCAUCCAUCCCUGGAAGACCUGCAGGAGGUGGUGGUGCAUAAGAAGAUGCGCCCUGCCUUCAAGGAUCACUGGUUGAAGCAUCCUGGAUUGGCACAGCUUUGUGUGACCAUCGAAGAGUGCUGGGACCAUGAUGCUGAGGCCAGGCUCUCUGCAGGCUGCGUGGAGGAACGUGUGUCCUUGAUUCGCAAAUCCGUCAAUGGCACUACCUCGGACUGCCUCGUCUCCCUUGUGACAUCUGUCACCAAUGUGGACUUGCCCCCCAAAGAGUCGAGUAUCUAAGUCCUGGGUCGAAUUUGUCUUUCCAGACUCAGUGAAUUUGAAGAAGAAAAAAAGUUUAAAAAAAAAAAAGAACCAUAAAACCAACGAACACAUGAAUGCAGCUGCUAUUUUAUCUUGACCUUUUUAUUAUUAUUAUUAUUAUAAUUAUUAUUAUUAUUGUUAUUUUUUGAUUGGAUCAAUUUUUACCAGCAUAUUGUUCUACUGUAUUGAAAACAAUGGACAUCUCAGCAAGCAUUCAGGUCCCGACUCAUGAAUGCAGAAACGGUGCCCAGGCCGCAGAACCUCAACAACCUCGUUUUCCGUUUGUGAUUCAGUUUUUUAGGUUUUUCUUUGUUGGUCUGUUUUCUCCACAGAAUAUCUGUGACACAAAGAAACCCAUCUCCCAUCUUAGGAAACAUAAUGCUGCAAACUUUGGAGGAAACUUUAAAAGACUGUUACAAAAGACACCUUUCUUCAAAAAAAGGUGUUCCUUCCCUCAGUCCACCCUUCCACAGCCCCCCACCCCCUUUUACAUUAUUUUCCCCCCUUUUUUAGACAGUGAGCUUCAAAAACACAGCAGAUGUGUCUUUUACGGAUC